CAAGAAGAUGUUUGCUAACCGCAUGAAAAGGUAAAAGAGGAAGAAGAAGGUUGUGUAUCCUGGCGGCAGUAGAAGCAGAAGAAGAAGUAGACUUAACUAAAACAUGGCGUUGCAGGCAGAGCGGGGAGUCCCGUUAAGCACACUUUGUCCCAAGUUUCUUCAUACCAAUUCCACCAGCCACACCGGGCCUUUCAGUGCCAUAGCUGAGCUCAUAGACAAUGCCUUCGAUCCAGAUGUAUGUUCCAAAAAGUUCUGGAUUGAUAAGACUGUGGUCCAAGGACAAGAAUGUCUCAUCUUCAUGGAUUGUGGAAAUGGACUGGACAAUGAAACGAUGCAUAAAAUGCUCAGCUUUGGCUACAGUGACAAGGUUGCUGUAAAGGGUGUAAAGCCGAUUGGUAUGUAUGGCAAUGGGUUCAAGUCUGGAGCCAUGCGUCUUGGCCAAGACGCCAUCGUCUUCUCCAAGUCAAAGAGCAUCUCCUGCGUAGGGAUGCUUUCUCAGACCUACCUGCAAGAGAUCAAAGCCAAGGAAAUAAUUGUACCUAUUGUCUGCUUUGAUCAGAACGGAACAGAUGAGAUCAGUGUUAGAGACGAGCAACAAGCUAGUCUGAAGGACAUCCUGACCUUUUCCCCUUUCAAGACACAGAAAGAGCUGCUCAUUGAGAUAGAGGCCAUCAAGUCUUCCUUCUCUGGUAGUAACACUGGCACACGGAUCAUCAUUUGGAAUCUCCGAAGGACUGCUGCUGACAAAAGUGAGUUGGAUUUUGAGACCGACCGUUAUGAUAUCAGAAUUCCAUCUGAUCUCUACGAGUCUAUGAACGUAACUGAUUCACAGCGGGGCAUUGUUCCAUCACACAUCCCAAAGAGUUCUUACUCACUACGGGCAUACUGCCAAAUUCUUUAUCUGAAGCCUCGGAUGCAGAUUGUUGUUCGUGGUCAAAACGUGAAAUCUGAGCUCAUUGCAAAGACUCUGGCCUACGUCAUGAAGGACAGCUACAAGCCCACUUUCCUGAACAGCAAACCCAUUCCUAUCAUUUUUGGUUAUAACACCAAAAGUAAAGACCAGUAUGGUGUUAUGAUGUAUCACAGGAAUCGUCUCAUCAAAGCCUACGAGCGUGUUGGCUGCCAGCUAAAGGCCGACAAAAAAGGUGUUGGUGUUAUUGGGGUCAUAGAGUGUGGUCACUUUCUGGAACCUACCCACAACAAACAGAGCUUCAAUGAGACAGAUAAGUACCGGAAAACUAUGAACAAUUUGGGGAUCAAACUGGAGGACUACUGGAAGGAAAUCCACCACAAGAGACAAACCGAGGAUCCAAACAACCACACGCCAAUAGAAGAUACUACUAAGCGACCGGAUCAAAAUUGGGCGCAAUGCGAUGAAUGCUCGCGCUGGCGCAAACUCCCCGAUGGGAUUGACAACAGCAAACUUCCAGAUGAAUGGUACUGCCAUCUGAACCCUGAUCCUCAGUUCAGGAGCUGCGAUGUGGAAGAGGAACCUGAGGACUCUGAUGAUGAGAAGCCUGCUUAUCACAAGAGCUACAAACAACAAGAGAGGACUCUCAAAAAGAAUCAAGAGCAGAAAAGAAAAAGGGAGGAGGAGGAGCGAAAGCGUCAGGAAAAGCAGCGAUUGGCUGAUCUUGCUAAGCAGAACCAUACCCUCAGACAGCAGAAAAACAACCUGCAAAGGGAGCUGCAGCUGCGUGAAAUGGGUGUUAAUUCCCCCUCCAGUACCCCGAGAAGAUUUAGAUCUGAGUCACCACGUGGAGGUGCUGCAACGGUUAAAGCCUCUCCACUGAGGUCCCCUACCAUCUCACAAGCUGCUUGCAGCUCCCCGAGUAACAGUGGUCUUCCAGUUAUCUCCAACGUACGCUCACUGUCCGAUGCACAGCCCAGCAGGAGUAAGAGAACACAACUUGUUUCUCCACAAACAACGCCCAAAAGACCAAGAGUUAACGGCCUCGGCCAGCGCACCUUAGCUACAUCCACAUUGUUAGAUCCGAGUCCACAAAUUUCCCCAUCUAUACCUCCACAUGAUGAUGAUGAUGAUGAUGAUGCAACUGAUGAUGAGCUCAUCAUCUUGGAAACUGCCUGUACCCCCAAGCCUCAAAAACAAGUCCCUGAUUUGACUAAAGUUAAGCAAGAGCAAUGUGAUGCUAACGUCGGCAUGCUGUUGGAGUGCAGUGAUGACGCCAUGGAGACCAAUGAUGCAUCAACAAGCAGUGCCCCUGCACCUCUGCCAGUUUAUACCAGCAACACAACGCAGACAGAGGUACACAAAGUGAAGGUGGAAGUGAAGGAAAUGACAGAGGAAGAAAGGGCAGGGAUGAGUGUAGAACAGAAUCAAGAUGUGAAAAUUGAUGUCUGCAGCACAGAGACAAAUCAUCUAGAUAAUGAGGAUGACGCUGGACCUUCCAGUGUAGACGCCCGCACUGAAAGGUCUCCAGCACAAUAUCCCAAUAUUGUUGAGGCACAGGAACAGCAAGACCAGCUUCUGGAACUCAUGCAGUCUACAGCUCAGGAGAGAGACCACUUUAAAGAGCAGGUUCAUAAACUAAGCUGCCAACUGCAGGACAAAAUGCAGGAUCCGACUCAGAUCACUGUAAAGAAGGAGUAUUCUCACCAAGCCGUCCAGACGGAGGAGGAGGAAGGCUGCUACAAAAAACUCUUUGAGAAUGCCAAACAGAAAGUUGACGAAUUGAUUAGGGACAAAGAGAGUUUGCUGGCAGCUACUGAGACCAAGCCCAGUACUGCCAAGAGCGAAGAAAAUGAUAUGGAUGAAAUAGCACUGCAGGUUGACGGGCUGCUCAGGGAGCUGGAUCAGAGAACCAAGGAAAGGGAUGAACUGCGCUCACAGGUGGACAGUCUUGAGGAGGAAAGGGCAAGCUUGGCAUCCCAGUGUGAGGAGCUCAGAAUGAGCCUGCAGCAGCAGAGGGAAAACGCACAAGAGAGAGGCAUACCUCCUCACAGAGCCACUGAUUCUUUUGCACAAACAGAACUAGAGGACCAAGAAGGGGCAAACUCAAGAUCAGAUUCAUCCAGAAGUUUGAUUGAGCUCCGACACAACAUUGGGCGCCUUCUCGUCUCCAUCGUGCCUGCUCUUGACCUGGAACAAGUGAAUUAUGAAUGUAAUGUAAUAGAUGAAAUCCUAGAGCAGCUGCUUUGUGAUGAGGCAUCCUUUGCACCUGAGGGGCUGAGAUACAGAUCAGAAGAUACAUAAACAAACAAAUCCUAAUCUUAAAGCCAUUGGGGUAAAUAUUUGAUGUAUGAUAGUGUUGCAUAAUAAGGAAUUCAGUGUUACUAUGUUAAUGGGAGCUGUGUGUGUACAUUUACAGUUUUUAUAUUGAUACAGUGAGGGGGGAAAUGAAGCAACUUGUACUUUUUCAACAUAACAGACAGGAUCACUAUAUAAUUAAAUCACAUCAUGUUCAUGAAUAAAUACUGUGCAGUAACUUUGCUCUUUAGGUUUUUUGGUAGGACCAUAAUUGUAACCAAUGCAUUAACAAAUGUAUGAUAGUUUGUCAAUUAGUCUGUCUGCUCUAAUCAACUUUUGUUAGUUUCACAACAGCUUCGACGACUCUGCAUCUGUCUCUGAUUAUUCACAAUGACUGCUGAUGGUUUCCCUUUGCUUUUUAUUGAAUUGCGUUUUGCACAAAUCUUGCAAGAUAAAUAUUUUUACCUAACCAAA